UUAUUUUGUCUAUCUUUCUAGCCCCGAGAGAGGAAAAGAAAUUCAGGAAAAUAAUUUUGCUUUUGCAAUUGAAGCUGUACAAAACAGAAAUAAGUCAAUAUUUUGUGAAAUCGAAUAACAGUUUGCUGGUCUACGAAAUGAAAAGUGGAAGGAAUCUGUGAGCGGUCAUGUGGUGAAGAAUUUCGGCCGUCCAAAGAAAGCUCACAUCGCAAGAGCGCUGCAUAGGCUCCAUAACAAGAUGGAAAAAAUUUGAUGUCGAGUGUUUGUGAUGGUUUCGAAAUUUGGGAAAAUUGAUAACAAUUUUUAAUGCCGUGUCACGUAGAGUAUGAGUAAAACCUAAUGUAUCAAAUUAAACUGUUUCCAUCAGAAUGGGCAUAGCAACGGUGGAGUGAAAAGUGGAAGGUUGAUAGGAAUUCCCAAGGAUAAUAAAAAUAACCUUCGUACAGAAAGUUGUCCUUGAAAGCUUUUGAAACUCUAAAAAAAUCAUUGGAACCAUCGAUGUGGUGAAAUAUGAACGAAAAUCGCUUUACUGAUUAUCUUAAGCAAGGGGACGUAAUAGUGCAGCAGCAAAUGCGUCACUUCCAACACCAGUGCCGCAUAUGCGGUGUGGCUGAGGGCCUUCGGAGGUGUAGCCGUUGCCAGGUGGCGUACUACUGUUCUCAGGAUCAUCAACGGCUUGAUUGGAAAGUACACAAACUCGAAUGUCGCUCGAUUCACCAGCUGUCUCAGCAAGGGACAAACGUACUCCAAGGGCAGACCAAUCAAUACGGUACGACUAGAAACUCUUAUCAGACGACGAUCAGUAAUCCGCUGAUAUCGAGCGCAGGUGGGAAAGCUUAUCAGCAGAAUGCAACAGACGCGUCAUUCGCUGAUGGUUCUGGCAGUGGUGAAGGUGUCCUCUUCUUCGGAAAUAUUUCUAAUGCAACCACUCAUCAUCAUCAUCUGCCUAAUCAACCUACAGGCUCUAACGUGAGUGGUGGCGUACGUGCAGAAAUUUUGUCAACAAACAGUCGUGAUGAUGGGCGGCAGCCGAUGGUUGGAGCCACCAAUACCACCGUUAGCAGCAUGGACACGUCAUCGUCACCUCCGUCAUCGUUGGCUACAGCUGCUACCCCGCCGAUGACUGACCUCAACCAACAGCAGCCGGAAUCGUCGCAACAACGACAACGACAAGAUUCGCUACCACCGUCGAUCGUAGACGACGUCGCGGACGAGUUGCUGCUGAGUGAACUUGCACUAACGAAACUGCUGUCCCCCGAGUCGCUUGUCGAUGCCCGAGAUUUGUGCGCCGAGCUGGUAGAUCUAGACCAAAUAGACGUGGACCACAUACUGAAUGAAAACAAUUUCCUGAACAACAUUAACAAUCUGAACUUUCUGGAGGUGGUCGAGAACAACAAUUUACAGUACGAGGGAAAUAAAAACUUAUCCCUCGACACCUGUGAAACGACUAAUAACUUCAGUGCGAAUAGUGCAGGCUCCUUCGUAAACGUUUCGGAAACCGAAAACCUUGGCUUAGGUCUUGAUUCGCAAGGGGUUUUGAACAGUUUAGAAGAAGAAAUGCAAAUCACGGCUGUACGCCCACCGACAGUGAACCCAGGCUUACACAGCCAUCAGCAGUUAGUCAGUGAAAUUGGCAGCGGUGGAAGUGGUUCCCCGGCUAGCAGUGGUAGUACGAGCACCGAUGAAAGUGUCAGUGCAUUGUUGAAUGCCAAGAUCGACAAUUUACUGGGACAAUACCAGCAGCAUGACUCUAUGUUGGCCGAUUUAGAGGAAGAGAGUUUGGAUGAAGCUUGCCAGAGUUUGGUGCGGGAUAUGAAUGAGUAUGGAGUAUGCGUUCUGGAUAAUUUCCUCGGACAAGAUCGAGGGCUGCAGGUGCUACAGGAAGUCACCGGCAUGUAUACGUCUGGGGUUUUCCGAGAUGGCCAAUUGGUGUCCAAACGAAAAGGCACCAAUAUGCGACACAUUCGAGGAGACAAAAUAACCUGGAUUGGUGGCAGUGAACCUGGGUGCAGCAAUAUUGGCUACCUAAUCAAUAGGGUCGACGCCGUCAUUUCCAAAUGCAAGCGGAUGCGCAAUAACGGGAAAAUCGGUAGAUACAACAUUCGGGAGCGAACAAAGGCCAUGGUCGCCUGUUAUCCGGGAUCCGGCUCUCACUAUGUCAAACAUGUGGACAAUCCCAACCGAGAUGGACGUUGUAUUACCGCCAUCUAUUAUCUCAAUCUGAACUGGGAAGUCCAACAAAGUGGUGGUCUUUUGCGAAUUUUCCCCGAGGGUUGUAAUGAUCGUGUGGCCGACAUUGAACCAAUUUUCGAUCGAAUUCUGUUCUUCUGGUCGGACCGGCGGAAUCCACACGAGGUACAACCGGCUCAUCGGACUCGCUAUGCCAUCACCCUGUGGUAUCUGGACGCGGAAGAACGAGAAUCAGCCCGACUCCGAUAUCAGCGCGAUUGUGAAACUCGAUUCACGGCCUCAACAUAGCUCGUUAAGCGUUAAGAAGGAGAUAUUUAAAGUGUCAAAGAAGGAGGUUUGAGCAAUUCUCAAUAUAGGACAAUUGAGAAAUAUAUUCGUCGAAUAGGCUAUCUAGUGGAACAAUCCUGAGUGAAUAAGAUAACGAAAAUGUGAUAUUCUCUAAUUACGCUGAAUGUAGGGAUUGGAAUUGUAUUUUAUUUCUUAUAUAAAACGUUGUAAAUAUAGCAUAUAAUUAAUUGUAUAUAAUAGUUUAUUUGGAGCAAUAAUCUGAUUGACAGAUGUGUAGACUAGACAAAAAUGAACUUGCUGACAGUUGAUACGAAGUGAUGUUAAUUUCUUUCGAUUAACCUUAGUUUGUUAAGCAAAAGUAGUCAAUCGUGUAGUAAUUAUAGACUCGGUCGUAUAAGAAGGGACUUUUUCAAUUUAUUCUCUUGCAAAUAAAUCAUAUUUCUAUUAAAACUAUAUCGUGUUUAGAAAACAAACUCUAAAUAGGUAGGUUUAUAUUUUAAAAUUUUAUGCCUCCCUUUUUAUUAAAUCGAAAAAAGGAUUGAUUCAUUUAAAAAAGUUACGAAUCGUUUGAUAGUAAAAAUAAAGUUUUAAUCUAUCAUUCUCCGUA